CUCUUUGUUCCAGGUCCCAGCCGCAGCCGAACCGGGCUGCGGAAGUUCGAGGGCGCAGCGUGAGUAGCUGUGGCAGCGGCGCCGGAGUUCCCGCAGCGGAGACCGCGGACGCGGGACUGAGCCCCUCCGACGCCCAGCAUGGACCUGGAAACCAAAAUGAAGAAGAUGGGCUUAGGUCAUGAGCAAGGAUUUGGAGCCCCCUGUCUAAAAUGCAAAGACAACUGUGAAGGAUUUGAACUACACUUCUGGAGGAAAAUAUGUCGUAACUGCAAAUGUGGUCAAGAAGAGCAUGAUGUCCUCCUGAGCACUGAGGAGGACCGGAAGGUGGGGAGACUCUUUGAAGAUACCAAGUACACCACCCUGAUCGCUAAGCUGAAGUCAGAUGGAAUUCCCAUGUACAAACGCAAUGUUAUGAUCUUGACCAAUCCAGUGGCUGCCAAGAAGAACGUAUCCAUCAACACCGUUACCUACGAGUGGGCUCCCCCGGUUCAGAACCAGGCACUGGCCAGGCGGUACAUGCAGAUGCUGCCUAAGGAGAAGCAGCCAGUGGCAGGUUCAGAGGGGGCGCAGUACCGGAAGAAGCAGCUGGCGAAGCAGCUCCCUGCACACGACCAGGACCCUUCUAAGUGCCAUGAGUUAUCUCCCAAAGAAGUGAAGGAGAUGGAGCAGUUUGUGAAGAAAUACAAGAGUGAGGCUCUGGGAGUGGGUGACGUGAAGUUUCCCUCUGAGAUGAAUGCUCAGAGUGACAAGGUGCACAACCCUGCCAGUGACAGAAACACCCUGGCAGCAGUGGGUUCCAAGGGGAAGUCUGCAGAAUCCAAGAAGACCCAAUAUUCCUGUUACUGCUGCAAACACAGCAUGAAGGAAGGAGACCCAGCCAUCUAUGCUGAAAGGGCUGGCUAUGAUAAGCUCUGGCACCCGGCGUGUUUUAUCUGCAGCACCUGUGGUGAACUCCUGGUCGACAUGAUUUACUUCUGGAAGAAUGGGAAGCUGUACUGUGGCAGACAUUACUGUGACAGUGAGAAGCCCCGCUGUGCUGGCUGUGAUGAGCUGAUAUUCAGCAAUGAGUAUACCCAAGCAGAAAACCAGAAUUGGCAUCUGAAGCACUUCUGCUGCUUCGACUGCGACAACAUCCUGGCAGGAAAAAUAUACGUGAUGGUCAGUGACAAGCCUGUGUGCAAGCCCUGCUACGUGAAGAACCAUGCUGUGGUGUGUCAAGGAUGCCACAAUGCCAUCGACCCGGAAGUGCAGCGAGUGACGUACAAUAACUUCAGCUGGCAUGCGUCCACAGAGUGCUUCCUGUGCUCCUGCUGCAGCAAGUGUCUCAUUGGGCAGAAGUUCAUGCCUGUGGAAGGAAUGGUUUUCUGUUCGGUGGAGUGUAAGAAGAUGAUGUCCUAAGAGAACACCAAGCAGUAUUGAGCCAUAGCUAUCUACAGUGGCCUGCAUUUCAUGAGAAACUGCAGUUUGAAAAAAAAUAAUAAAAGAAAAAAAACUACAUAAGAAA